UGAUGGAAACUGUGUUUGACUCCACCCUGUUUCUUCUGAAGUCUAAAAUCAUCUGCUUUGUUUUGUUCACGUUCAAGGUCAGAUGAUUGUUUCCACACCAUGCCACAAAGCGCUCCACCAGCUCCCUAAUGCAGAUGUUGCACUGGAAAGACAGAAAGAGAAGGGAAUUGAUUGGUUCCUCUAUGUGAGAUGGAGAGGGAAAUACUGGAACAACUUUUUACACUUAAACACCGCUCACACAAAAACUUACCGUAGAACGGCAUUUCUUUUUCCACGUUUGUUCUCUCUGCUCCUUCCUUGAUAAGAACAGCGUGGUUAAAACACCAGGACCUGAGAAAAUUUGUUUUCUUCUCUCACCUAUAAGAGUCUCUAUUCUUUCGCUCUCUGUUACUCUUUUUUUGCUUUGUAUUUAACUUGUUCAAAGAAGCAAUUUCUCAUUUGGAGCAGGCGAGGUUGGGCGGUCCUUUGUGAGCAGACGUUUUCUUUAUUUCACCCUGGGUGUUUUAUGAUUGCACCCAGAUCGAUAAUUGACUGCAUUUGUCCCCCGAGGACCACUAACCAGAGAUCAAUAGAAGCCGUGUAGUGUUGAUUUUUCCCUCUCGGAUAUUUUACCAGGUAUGGCUACAGGUCACCGGGGUGUUUCUUGCCUUUCGUCGCUCGGCACUGACACAGUAUUUCACAUAUGUGCUCUUUUCUUUAGAUAAUCAUUGCAAUGGGCAGGAGCCCUAAAUCGAUACUGAACAGAUCUACCGCCGUCCUUUAGACCUGCACAUAAAACAUAUAACUCCAGGGCCACACACGUUGAAACAAUUAGGUUUUCUAAUCGAGGAAAAGUAUUGAGUUUAGGUGAAACCCAACCAGGAGUUUAAUGUUCAGGAUUUAAAUUCAAACGGCAGAAGCACGCUCAUGUGGGAAAACACAAGCCACCUGUGAGCACGGCGGAAAGUUUCCAAUCCCUGCCCGAUGGGAGUCGCUGCUCUGUGCCGAUUGCAUCCCUGGCAGUCGCCAUGGCAACCUGUCCCCUCACCACGAAGGUCUUCUAGUGGAGCUACACUGACGGAGAGGCUAAAGCCCUCUCACGGGGAGAAGAAAUGAGAAACGGAGGGAGUGGAGGGGACUGUUAAAAGCCGCCCAGCUCGGGAGCACAUCUGUAUUACUUAGUGUCUGCUGCAAAGAAAGGGACCCUUUAUUAAGAAGAGAGCAGCAGAUGUCCCCAAGGAGUGUUUCAACAUAAUGAAUUUAAGCACAUUCAGCAUUAAGGUGAUGCCACUUUGAUGCCACUGAGCCGAAUCUCCCUCCAUCAUCUUUCCCCUCCUCGUUCCCUGACAGCCAGCAGGUAUUUAGUCCAUGCUGAAGCUACAGCGAGCAGUUUUAAUCUGCGUGGCUUUAUAUGAACUGGUUUCACCCCGGUAACUCACUCGCUAUUCUUGUUGUCACCAAUGUUAAGUUCAGAAAUGUUAAUUAUUCAUGAACACCUCCCACCUCUCUCUCUCCCUCCCUUCUCUCGUCCCCAUUUGAAUCAAACUGAUCUGCUGUGAUAUAAUUAGAAAACAAGCAGGUAGUCGGUCCGUCUGCAGAGAACGUGGUUCCCUUUUGUGAAGCGGUCACUGUUAGUUUGUCAAAGCAACCGAACUGAUGUAACUAUUGAGCAUGGAUGCACUCGUGCGUGCCAGAGAAGCAAAACUAGUUUUUCACACUUUGUUUAAAGUAAAUGUGAAAAUGAUGAAUGUUUUUCAAGACAAAAGCAGACUUUAAACUGGUUUUUAGAGCAAAAACAAAAGAAAAUAUGAAAUGUUUUUUUCACUAAUAAACUAUUUGUCAUACAUAAUGCAAAGAUUCAAAUCUGCUUGUUAAGUAAAAGACCUGGCGUAAGCUGUCUAUCAUGCCACAAUAAGGUUAACUAUGCAACAGGAGAAUCUCACGCUUCUCCUGAUGUAAGUCUACUCUGAUGUAGCGAGACUGUCAAAGAAAGAUUUUCUUUGCAUGCCUGAAGGCCAGUGAUUGUAACAAGUCCCCCUCGGUAACAUAAAAACCAACCUUUAAAACAACGAUAAGUGCAAUCUUACUCUCGCCUGACCGGGUAGCAUUGAAUGCAUUGUCCCAUUUCAGCUCAAUGUUUUUAGAACUGAUGGAGGUGUAGCUCUAGCUGCCAGUAGGGGUUGUAUGAACUAGUCGACUAGUCGACUUCACUGCUCUGUAGUGACUUUUUAUGCCUUUCAGCGACUAGUCGCUGUCACGUGAUAAUGACAAAAUGGAGUCUGCGGAAAACACAGCAGGUGACAAGCCGGGUGGGUCAUUGCAGCAAACUAGCAGAAAUGUUUCAGUUGUGUGGAAAUACUUCACUAAAGAUGAAUCUUCUAAUUCUGUAACAUGUAAAUUCUGCAAGUCCGUUCUAAAAUACAACAAAAAUACAAGUGCUAUGCACAUGCAUUUGAAAAGGCAUCCGCUAAAGCUAGCUUAGGAGGGACAACCCAAGUCGCAUGUUCAGCAGUCAAUCAGCGCUUUCACCAAACGUCCAGCUGUAACAGAAAGACGACGGCAGCAAAUCACCAAUUUGUUGGUGGAUUUUAUUGUCAAAGACAUCAGACCAUUAGCUGCAGUCCACGGAGACGGCUUCAGAGACCUACUGAAUUUUUUCGAACCAGGUUACAACGUCCCAUCCUACAACACACUGUGGAACGCCAUUGCACACCAGUAUGAUAACCUGCGUGAAAAUAUUGGUGAAGAAAUGAAAGGCCAGAGUGUUUCGCUAACAACUGAUCUGUGGACAUCUUCCACCAUGGAGCCGUAUAUUACGGUAACUGCUCACUACGUUACCGAUUCAUGGCAGCUGAAGGCCCGGGUGCUCUGUACCGCCAUGAUGCCAGAGAGGCACACGGCUGUAAACAUUGCUGAUCGGCUGUCUAAAAUAAUCAGUGAAUGGGGAAUACAGGUGUUUUGCACAGUCCACGAUAAUGCCAGUAACAUGAAUCUAGCCAUGGAGCUAUGCGAGAUGUUCCCACAUGAUCUGGGCUGCACCGGACACACACUGCAGCUGGCAGUUAAAGCUGGAUUAGUUUUACCUGAGGUGGUGAAAGCUGUCGACGCAGCAAGAAGAGUUGUCAGCCACUUUCGCCACUCUUCACUUGCAUCUUGCGCUCUGAAGCAGCGUCAGGAACAGCUUGGCGUAAAAUCCAACAAACUCCAGACUGACUGUCCUGUUCGGUGGAAUUCCACUUUUGUCAUGCUCCAGCGGCUGUUCGAGCAGAGGAUCGCGGUCCAGUCCGUACUUGCAGAUGAAGCGGUCACAAAGUCAAGCGUCCAGAAGUCACUUGCCAUGAGAGCCUCCCAGUGGGAGCUUGUGGAACAGCUGAUUCCUGUGCUGCAACCUCUGGCAAAGGCUACUGAAAUAAUGUGUGGCGAGUUGCACGUUGGGCUCUCUUUCAUUUAUCCAGUGAUUUUCAACAUGAUCAGCAGCACUCUGUGUGUUGAAGAGUCUGACCUGGCAGCUGUACGCACUUUCAAAAGCACGGUCCGACAACAGCUGGAAACGCGGUUCAAACUGAGGUCUGAGGAUCUGACAGAAUCUAUCCCGAUAGUUGCCUGCAUGUUAGACCCUCGCUUCAAACAUCUUCAGUUCAUCCCGCAGAAUAAAAGAGAGGAAGCCCAGAGACACCUGGACGUCCUGCUACAAAACGGAGAGCCGCCUGCAGCAACAGGUGAAGCUCAAGCCGAGGACACAACUGAUGCCCAAAUUGAGCCGAUGACUGGGAAAAAAGCCAGACUCGAGGAAGACUUUGUGCAACUUUUUGGACCGCAUUAUCAAAGUGACAGGAGAUCAACUCACUGCUCCACUGCAGCUGAAGAAAUCCGGGAUUAUUUUUCAACACCACACAUUCCCACCAUGGAUAAUCCGCUCCAGUGGUGGUCCCGCAACCAGGAUAGAUUUCCCCGUUUGGCAAAGCUAAGCAAAAGCUAUUUGGCUGUUCCAGCUACCAGCACCCCGAGCAAGAGGAUUUUUUCACUUGCCGGGAAUACGAUCACCCGACAGCGGGCGAGCCUUCAUCCUGAUCAUGUGGAUGCACUAAUUUUCUUGCACGCAAGCCAGGAUCAAAAACAAAUGACCAAACAGACUGUCGGCAGCGAGUAAACAUAAGUUUUUUUGUGGACUUUUUUUUAGGAGUUUUAUUUUGCGCACUUAAUUUUACAUGUUACACAAGAGUUACAUGAUUAUUGUUACUGAUUAGCAGCAAUAAGCCUGCUUGUUCUCUUUUAUGCUCUCCAUUCAAGAAUGUUUUUGAAGCUGAUUGUUGUCAGCAUUUGCAAUAAGGGUUGCCAAUAAAGCCUAAGUGUUCUAAAGCUGUCCUGUCUACUGCGUUUAUGCUACACAUUCUCACACCCAAGCAUCAAAAAUGACGCGGUGUGACCAAGCGUUUGUCUCCAAAAGAAGGGAGCUCCUGCGCUCUCCGGUCACCAACCGCCGCUUCCGGUGUAUGACGUCAUCAACGACUAGUCGAAGUCGACUCGACUUUCAUUACUUGACUGUCGACUUUAAAAAAAAUAAAGUCGUGCAGGCCCUAGCUGCCAGUGGCUGCCAUCUUGAAUUAGGUUGACAACGGUGGCAGAGGAGUUAAGUGUUGCGGGAUUGAGUCCCGCUCGCCUGUUGCAUUCAUUGCGUCCUUGGGCAAGACACUUGACCUGCUUUGCCUGCUGCUGGUGGUCGGACGGGACCAGUGGCGCUAAUGUACAGCAGCCCCUCUACCGUCAGUUUACCCCAGGGCAGCUUGGGCGCCAGCACCCUCACCAUGGGGGGGUUUAGAAGCCUAGACGGUGCUACACAAAUACAAGUCAUUUGCU